AUGGCGGAAGACUUAUCCCUUUUAUUAGAGAAUUUUUCGAUUACGGAAGAGGAAGAUGCGGAGGUUACAAUUCCCAUUGGCGAAUUCCAAGAAGUAGUCUCCUAUGGAAAAAAUUGUGUUGUGCCAAAACUGGUUGCAGAUCGACUAAUUAGUAUGGAGGUGAUCAAAGCAACUCUUCGCAGGUGGUGGAAACUACAUGGGAAAAUGUCGUUCAAGGCCCUUGGCGAUAACCUGUUCUUGAUUGAGUUCACGAACAGUCAGGAUAAGGAACGCACUCUGGAGGGACGACCUUGGGUUUUUGAAGGAAGCCUUUUUCUUGUUGAAGACUUCGAUGGCAUUACUUCUCCAUCUGAUUAUACUUUUGACAAAGAUGCUUUUUGGGUCCGUAUGUUCAAAAUGCCAUUGGGUUGCAUGGGGCAAGCUAUUGGAAGAAGGAUUGGAGAAACCGUAGGAACAGUGGAAGUGGUGGACACAAAUGCAAAUGGGAUGGGGUGGGGGAAGUUUCUAAGGGCUAAGAUUCUUAUGGACUUAACGAAACCUUUACCAAGAGGAAGGAAAAUCAACAUUCAAGGAAAACUGGUCUGGAUUCCAUUCCAGUACGAACGUCUGCCCAAGUUUUGCUAUUCUUGUGGGAUUAUCAGCCAUGACAAAAGAGGGUGUCCGCAGAAAAGCUCGCUUCGACAACAAGAUCCUCAGUAUGGGCCAUGGUUAUGA